AUGGCGAAACUCACUUACGAUGCCGGCGAAACGUCUGGGAAUGUGCCAUGUCCACGGUCCGACUUUGGAAAUGAUGAAGACUCCUUGAAGUCUACUGUGGGAGUUUUAUGUGCUGACAAUGUCUAUCAUGACGGGACAGACGAGAGUCCACUCACGAAUCGACAAUCACAACGCCUUCGAGGGGGCCGAUUUACGAAGUUCUGCUUGACGUUUAGCCUUUUCGACGAGUUUCUGCAUUGCCAGCCUCUGCAGCCACAAGACCUGGAACAAGAGGCUCCUGAAGGCGUGUGGCAGGACUCGGUGCGAGUAAAGCUGUGA